CCUGCUCAAACUCAUGUCCAUCGUUACACGUCCAGUAAACAGCACAUCCAAGUAAACAGCAAGUAAACGUUACACGUGCGAGGUUACACGUCCAGUAAAGAGCAGAGUUGGGCUUUGAGGCCCUCAGGCAACUUCCAUCAGGGAAAGGAGACACUGACUCUCAGAGGAGCUUUCCUAGGAGGCCAAGGGUCCUUAGAAAAGGUAAUCAGGUAGAUAAUCAGGGCUGUUGUUCAAACUCGCGCGUCCGAUUCUUUGCGACCCCAUGGACUGUAGCACACCAGGGUUCCCUGUCCUUCACUAUCUCCCGGGGUGUGCUCUUGUGCGAGGUCUGAUCCACUAAGCCCCCUGAUCAGGGCUAGGGUGCGGGAACCAGCGAGUGGUGUGAACAGAGCGCCCCCACAUUCCUCCAAACCCAAAGGGCGGGACCCGACGAGCUGCCGCCCGAGGGACCGUCGGGUGCAUGGUCCGAGCCGCUGUUUCACUUUAAAUGGAUCCUAAAGCUCCCUAAAGGGUACACACUGUCAGGGAACCACGCAGGUAAAACCCACACUGGAGAAAAUCCUACUUGGACCUGAGAGCAGCUACAGCUCAGCAGAGGACCUGACCCACCCCUGCACAGAGCCCCGCCCAUCCGCCAAUCAGAGGGAGCCUUGAACAGGGGGCGGGACAAAAGAGGAGCCAGUCCAAUGAGGAAUCAGCCCCCGGUCGCCUCAGAACCUAAUAUUACAAAGUCCAAGCUGCUAGCCUAGAGGAGGCGGUGGGUUGACCAAUCAGAGCGAGUAACUCACAGCGUUGGGUACUGGCAGCCAGUCAGAAGAGAACUCGCAGGUGACUCGCCCGGCCCCAGCUUCCCGCCUUUCCCCUAACCUCUAAAUCGGGGGGCCUGGUGGUUCCUGGGUUAAGUUCUUCCGCCGCGGAGCUGUAUUUCUCGUCCUCUCUUUACGCUUGUACUACCGAUCCCAGGCCUGUGCAGGGGUCUAGUGGGACAUGGCGAACUUGGGCUGCCAGGCCCUUCGGAGUCAGGAUGAGGAGAGUUUUCUCUACUUCGCCUAUGGCAGCAACCUGCUGACGGAGCGGAUCCACCUCCGAAACCCCUCCGCCGUGUUCUACAGCGUGGCCCGCUUGCAGGAUUUUAAACUUGACUUUGGCAAUCCCCAAGGCAAAACAAGUGAAACUUGGCAUGGAGGUAUAGCCACCAUUUUUGAAAGUCCUGGCGAUGAAGUAUGGGGAGUAGUAUGGAAAAUGAACAAAAGCAAUUUAAGUUCUCUGGAUAAGCAAGAAGGGGUUAAAAGUGGAAUGUAUGUCCCAAUAGAAGUUACUGUUUCAACUCAAGAAGGAAAAGAAAUAACCUGUCGAAGUUACCAGAUGACAAAUUAUGAGCCUGUUCCCCCAUCACCCCAGUAUAAAAAGGUCAUUUGCAUGGGUGCAAAAGAGAACGGUUUGCCACUGGAGUACCAAAAGAAGUUAAAUGCAAUAGAACCAAAUGACUACAAAGGAAAGGUCUCAGAAGAAAUUGAAGACAUUAUCAAAAAGGGGGAAGCAAAGACUCAUUAGAACUUAAUGGAAUAUAGCUACAUAUAUUUUCUCUAUAUGCUAAUACCUUUUUAACAUAUAGAACAGGGAUCUGGGAUGUAUCUCUGUUUAAUAUGGUUCAACAGUGUUCUGGAGGGUUAUCUCACUUGGGUGAUUCCUUGUUUUCAGACUGUAAAAAGACCAAGGCAGGAGUUAGACAAUUGAAAGGGGGGUUGUGAGAGGUGUUGGAAUGCAUGACAGUUAGGUGUGAGUACUCCUGUGAACCCUUAAAGUUAUUUUACUGAGUUUAUCUGAAGUGUAUUUUUGCUCUGUGACUGAAGAUAAAUUUGCAACUUAAUGAUGGUGCUGGUAAAUUGCUCAGCUCUGGGAUUUUUUAAAAUCAGUUUAAUAAGAGCAAGCAAACUGAAGAGACAAUUGAUUAUAAAAUUUUUAAAUUAUUUUAAAACUACUUAAAAUUUUUAAAAUUAUUUUAAAAUUUAAAAGAUGGCAUAAUGUUCUUAGAGGAAUAAAUGUAUUUGUGGUUUAACCUGUAUUCUCUGUGAAAAUACUACAUUUCAUUUUAUGAGAAAGACUCACAUCAUCACACAUACUGGGUCUGGUCUUGGCCAUAUCUAGUGUAUACUAAAGGAUUAUUGCACAGACUCUGGAACCAGUAUAUUAGGGAUAGGCUGUCAGGUAGAAAGGCUGGGAAAGGCUGUCACCACUUUCUGCCUGGGAAACUUUGGGUUAUUUACUCAACUUCCUCAGCUUCCUUGCCUGCAGACUGAGGAGAGCCCAAAUAUCUGUGUCUUAGGAUCAUUUUGAGGGGUAUAUGUAUAAGCUUGGAACACAGCCUGGCAUAUAACAAGUAUUAGUAAUCAUUAUUGUUCUUAUUGAAGGAGUAAGUUUGUACUGAGCCAUCUUUGGAACAGGAUUUUAAAGUAGAAGCAUUAAGAUCAUGAGGGAAAAGUAUUUCUUGGAAGCUAAAAUUUGAUUUCUUGGCUUAUUAAAAAAUGGUCACCUUCUUAAAUUUAUUUACUGAAUAAAUGCAAGAGAGUCAUGAAUAAAACAACACUGGUUAUCAA